AUGGCGAAUCCGAACGAAAAGGAUGUGCUUGUUCCUAUUGAUGAAGAAGCAAGGGAAAAGUAUUCCCAUCUUCUUUCACUUCCUCCUCAUGCUUCUGAAGUUUUCAUUGGCGGGCUUCCGAAGGAUGUCGGAGAAGAGGACUUGAGGGAUCUCUGUGAAGCAAUAGGCGAGAUCUUUGAGGUGAGGCUGAUGAAAGAUGGGGACUCUGGUGAUGCUUUUGUAGCUUUCAAAUCGAAAGACGUUGCACAAAAGGCCAUUGAGGAGUUGCACAGCAAAGAAUGCUCUCUUUCCGAAACUAAGAAUGGAUUGUUUAUUCGUAACAUCCCAAAGAGCUGGACUGAGGAUAAGUUUAGAAAAGUCAUAGAGGAUGUUGGUCCUGGAGCAGAGAACAUUGAGCUCAUAAAAGACCCUAAAAAAUCUACUCGUAACCGUGGUUUUGCAUUUGUUUUAUACUAUAACAAUGCAUGUGCUGACUAUUCAAGGCAGAAAAUGAUGGAUUCUAAUUUUAAGCUUGAGGGUAACGCUCCAACUGUGACUUGGGCAGACCCAAAAAAGGUCAAAGCUCUUUAUGUCAAGAAUAUUCCUGAGAAAUAUGAAAUCAAUGGUCAACCACUAGAAGGUGUGCUUGCUAAACCCCAUGCUGAAAGGAAACCUGAGCAAUCUUAUUCUUACGGUGGUUUUGCUCCGCCUCCUUAUGGUAAUCAGCCAGUGAUCUAUGGUGGAAGAGCAAUGCCAAGGGGAAUGCAAAUGGCAGAGGAUCCAAACAGAGACAGAGAUUCAUACGUUGUAAAACCUGAAGUUGCUCCGUUUGAUACAUUACAGCAUCUCAUUCGAGAUUUUGACACCCUUUGCUUGAAUGAGGAGUUUUUAAGGGCACAUCAACAACUUAGGUUGAGAUUAGAUGAUAACCUCUUAAAGGUUGCUGGACAAAGUUUCGCCACCAUGAAGCCUAUGCAUCAAGAUACUGAGACCCUUAGGUUGUAUGACAACUUUAUGUCUGCACAGAAGAAAUUCUUGGAUAAGGUAGAGGAACUUGCAAAGGGGGAUGCAGUUCCGGUUGCAAGAUGGGCAGGAAACCUUGAGGGUAGUGCAAGCAGGAUCAAGCCUGAGCCGGAGGAGCCACUGGAAAAUGAGACAAAGGGAAAAGCUCCUCACUGGGAACCAUUUGAGAUAAUGGAACAGGAGACGACAGAGAUAGUUGGAAAAAUCAAGUAUCAGCACAAUAAGAAGAAAAGGGAAAAGGUCCUUCUUUGA